AUGGCUUCCAGAUGCGCGGCUCAUCUCAUCAAGCGAGUUCUGAUGGUCCCGCCGCAGCACUUCACCGUCGAGGUCAGUAGAGGAAAAUUUUAGAGAUGGUUUGAAAAAGUGAUUUUGGCAGUCUCAAAUAUACGAAUUUACUUGAUGAAACCUAUAUUUCUGAGAGUUCAAUGAGAAUGAAGGGUUUUCCACGGUUUGUCUCAAGUUUGCUCACAAGAAUCACUGCGUGAAGGAAAGAUGCAGGACUGGGGAUUUGGGCCUAAAGGUUCCACUAAUUUACUCAAGAACAUCUUUCUUCAUAUUGGUAUCAACAAGAGGUUUCCCAAAAAAGGGUUUUUGGCAGCGUUUUUCCAUAAAAUUAUUUUAAAAAGGUAAAGUCAAGAGGUGAACCUCAGAAACUGAAUAUUUUUUUCUGUUUUUUCUAAUCAAAAAAAAACUUGAAGAAUGAUUUAAAAUACACCUCAAGUUUCUUUCGGGAAUUCGAAAACUGAAUUCUUUUUCGAUUCUUCUAAUAGUAUUUUAUUUAGAGAAAGUUUUAUGUUUCUAGUAUGCUAUAAAUCCUUGGAUGGGUGGCGUCGUUGACAAGCAAAAAGCCCAGAAGCAAUGGAACGAACUGAAGUCGGCCAUCGAGGCUGAAGGCGUCCAGGUUAGGAGACAUAUCCUCCUUGCAACUCUUGAGAACUGUUAGGUUCUCACUUUGGAUCAAACUGCCGGUCUGCCAGACCAGGUUUUCGUGUGCAACAGCGGACUCGUCUACGAAGACAAAGUUUAUUUGGCGCGCUUCAGACAUAAAGAACGGUACUUUUUUGGCUCUCAUCCAAAGCUUUUUUGAAACAGCAGAUCAUUUUAGAAACGGGGAAGAGCCUCACUACUUGAAAUGGUUCAAAGCUAAUGGUUUCAAAUUGCACGGCGAAGCGAAAGAAGACGUUUUCGAAGGAGGCGGCGACGCCGUCUUCACCGAUCCCAACACCUUGUGGGCCGGUUAUGGCGAGAGAAGCUCCAAAGGAGUUGGAAUAUUUCACUUUUCUUUUCACAGCCUUUUUUUAAGGUCUAUGAAAAGGUAAAAGCUUUGGGAAAGUUCGAUGUCGUGAUGUGUGACAUGGUGCUUCCCAACUUCUACCACUUGGACACCUGCUUCGCUCCGGUCGACGCCACUUCCGCUCUUUAUUACCCCAAGGCAUUUUCUGAAAAAACACAGCAGGAGGUACGAAUAAGACUUUGAACGAGAAACUUAGUUUAGAGAGACAGAAUUGACCUGAAAAACUUUUUAGAGGAUCGAGUUAUUUAUUCAAAUAAUUCAAGAAGUAUGGGACAUUUUUUGAAUGCCACUUGGACCAGGUUGUUAUGAAUCUUACAAAAGCCUAAAUUUUCCAAGUAAAGUCCUACUUCUGAUGAUGAAUUUUAUGUCGUUUCUAGGCUAUUAAUAUGAAAUUCACGAUAUACUGAUACAGCUGACUUUGUCUCUGAACUUUUCAGAAUGAAAAACCAGACUGUUUUUUCUAAGUUAUCUUCUGUUUGUAGAUUCUCAGACGGCUGCCCAACUCGAUCGCCGUGUCGGAAGAGGAAGCGUCGGCUUUCGUUUGCAACGCGAUCACGAUCCGCGACAGCGUCCUCUCGCCCAUCGGAGUCGCACCAAAGACUCGCGAAGCCUUGGCGCGACUCGGCAAGAAAGUCAAGGAGAUCGACAUGAGCGAGUUCAUGAAGAGCGGCGGCGCCUGCCAGUGCUUAAUCUUGCGUUUAUAACUUCCUUUUUCAUAUUAUUUCUCUCCAGUCUCGCUUUUUCUCGCUCCCCCCUUCCAUCACUUGAUUUGUUUGCGGCUUAAAAAAACGACGCCUCGUGUUUGUCUAUUGGCGGAUUAAUUUUGGGAUCGAAAACACAGUCGAAGUUAGAUUUUAACUGAAAUUUAUUUCAUCUGUCUCUCUUUCUCUCUUUUGAAAGUCCAAAAAUUGUAUUUUCCUUUUUUUGCGGUUAUAAAUUCUGUUUUGUGUUUUUUGUGGGAACAUAUUUUUCAUAUUAGAUUUUUCAGAAAUGAAUAAACUACAAUUUGCAAAGAUGAAUGAUAUCCAGAUAAAAUACAAUCUUAAAUUAUAUGAUUUUUGUCAAAUGAGUGAAAAACUUAAUUCUUUCAAAGACUCUGCAGCUUGAAAUUAUCAUUCGAACGAAUGUCUUUCUUUCGGUAGAACGAGAGCCCGCAGUUUAGAAAGCAGAGGCCGUGUGAAAUAAAGUGGAAAAUGAUUUUCGGCCGUUUUCCUGAAAUUCGAAAAUGACUUCAAUUAGUAUUUUUUUUCUUUCAAAAUUGUUCUUACGUAUGUUAAUGCUCUUAUAAACCUCAUUAAAUUAGAAAAAGUCGAAAUUAUUGAGCUAAUUGUGAGUAUGAGGCUCUUCCUAUUUGCAGGAAAAUGGCGGAAAAAUGGCAUUUUCCACUUUAUUGCAUACGGCCUCAGGUCUGUUCGUUGCGACCCCUUAAGGGAAAACAUUUAUGAACUGCAGAGCGAAAAUGUCGCAAACAACACGCAAAUGAGUUUUAUUUAUUUAUUUUUUUGAGUUUUCCCUUACCAUAACUCGACAAUUUUUGUCUAUUCCAUAUUUUAUCUUGUAGGUUUGCGAUUGGUUAAGAUCUCUGACAAGGUUUAUUGAAAGUAUUUGUUUUUUUUUCUUUUUUACGAACACAAAGUCGGAAAAUAGAUUCAAUGAGAUCCGCUUUCAAAGCUUUGGAAAGAAGACGUCGGGCACUUUUUCAUUAGCGCCAGCAGAGGCGUAUAAUAAAUGGGCCUUGAUGGUCGCCAUAACGAUAACUGCUCGUCCUUAUCCGUUAUCACACUCUCUUUUUUUUCCUUCAAGCCGAAUCUCCCUCGCUGAUAUCUUCCAAAGCGGCGGUUUGCGUGCUCGAUAAGGCAUCGCUUUAUGAGUUUUUAAUGGACGCAGACAUUCGAGACCUUUUUCAUACCUUAUCAUGAUCUUCACUGUCAUUUUAAUCAUCAGUGAUGCUGUAUCUUUCUACUGACAGACUCCUGAAAAACCGCGCAUUUGAUUUUGAUGGUUUUCUCACUUUCUUUCCAGUCUCCAAUACGAAAUAAUUAGAAACAGUUAAUAGAAAUAAUAAUUUUACUGUUUAGAGUUGCCUUCAAUUGAAUAACUGGAAAAUAAGAACUCCAAAUGCUUUUAUUUGAAACUUCAUGUUAUUGCAAAAAGAUUCCGAUAUUUUUGGUUUCCUUCUUGUUGAAAUGUCACAAUAGAUCAGAAAAAGUACAAAUGUAAUUGUAACGUGAUUAAUGGAUUGCAACGUUUGUUAGAGUCAUCAUUUUGGCGAGUUGUUGACGGUCUCGUCAGAGGUCACCUGACAGCUUUCUGUUUGAACUUUUGUUAACCCUGGCGUGUAAGAUUUCGUUUAUUUUGUUUCGAUUGUUCGGUGUGGCUGAACUCCAGAUUGCAGAUGCCAGAGAAGACAAACGGAGUUAAAUUUUAUAAUCCACCGGAUAGCGAGGAGCAGGGUGCCGAGUCAUUAGUUGAGGUCAGUCCAAAUGUUUUGAGAACCAUUUUUUUCUGUUCAGCUCCCCAUUCUCUGAUAGAUAUCAUUAAAGAUCUCUGAAAAGUCGAUAUCAUUCCUUUUUAGCACCACGAAACACCAGUAUCGCCGCUCGACUCAGUCGCGGACUACAGUUUGAGUAAGUUUUUUUUUCUCUAAUCUACCUCGAAAAGCCCCGAAUCUGUUAUCAAUCGGCUUGUUUGCACAUUUUGUUUGCUUGCGCAUGUGUAUUUUUCGGGUUGAAGAUUAACCUUCCGUGUGUUCUUUUUUUCGUUGAUGGUUUGUGUCUUUGUUUUGUUGAUCGGAGGCCCAUUAACUUUUUUUGACCUCUUUUAUUAUUCAUACUCGGCGAAAAUUUAGCAACUAUGAAAAAUAUUAAAAGAGCAAGACUCGCAGAAAAUUUUUCAUAUAUUUUCCGUCGUUAUUCUUUGAAAAGUUUUCAAUGAAUCAAAUGAUUGACAAAAAAAAUUACGCAAAAAACGCUAUAUGUGCGUAUCAAUUAAGAAAAAGUCCUUCAGAAGCAGAGACGGCAUGACAGAUAAACGUAGAAAAAAAAAGUAUAAAAACAUAAUUAAUACGUGUGACGUAUUAGCCACGCCUAGCUUUUUUUUACUGCAUGGGUCAAAGCCUAAAUGAGUUGCAGCGUUGGGAAUAUGAAGAAAAUACGGUCACUGAAUAGCAACGAAGACGUUUCGCAAUUUUCUUCGAAAAGUCCGAAUGCCACGAAAAGCGAAGAGAAGGAGAAUGGGAAUUCGACGAAAAGUCCGCCCCUAAAGGAACGAUGUCUCAACCGAGAGCUCUCUGAAUCGGCCUACACCAUGUGCGGCGUCUCCAGCGCCUUUGCGCCAGUUCCCCAAGUCACGCCUUCGGUGGAACUUUUCGACGACAUGCCUUUGGCUAUAGAGCCCGAGCCUUCAACUCCUUUGAGUGGCCAGAAAAUGAAGGAGUCGAAGGAAAGUUUGACGUCGAGCAAAGAGAAAAAAGCCGUCGAAGAUAGAGGCCAAGUCUGCGGUAGGCCUCGGUGAAGGGCCGACGAACGGAAUAUUUUUCGCAGACUUCGACCAACAGCCUCAACUCUCUGCAGUCUUCGAAAACGGCCGUUUCGCCGAGUCCGCCUCGGAAAAAGAGCCGUCGGCCGUCACCUCCACCAAAUUCGGAUCCGCCGGAGUACGACAACCGCUUGAAUAGAUUGAGGUUCUAGUUUGAAACGUUUUUUUCGAUUAAAUCUGGAAAAAAGGCACAUUUUUCAAAGGAAGAACACUAACUUUUCCUAUUUUCGUUCUUGAAUGCAUUUUUAAGUUAAUAUUUGCAAUGAACUGAAGUUACGAAAAAUAAAACAACAACAGAAACAUUUUCUUUUUGCUAUGAUUUUCUUUUUUAAAACACAUCUUUAAAGUAAUUGAAAUUUGCUCCCUAGAAUUAGUAAUAAACUCUUUCAAAGAUUCUUGUUAUCUGUAAAUAGAAAAAUAUAUCUGUGCUUUGUUUCAUUUUUAUUGAUAAACUUUGAUCUUAAUUUUAAGCAAAUGAAAUUUUAUUUUUUUCUUAGUGAUAAGAAGAAAAAAAGCUGCUAUUCCUGAGGCGAAACCUUCGAAAGAAAAAAUAAUUUCGUCGAUUCAGUCCAAUAGUUUGUUCGUCUUUCUCUUCCUGAUCUUUCCCUUUGUUCUUUCAGAUGUUAAGAUUGCAGUAGACGAUGAAGAAAGCUUGAGAACUCCGCGUGGCAUUCCCAGCACAGGUCUCAACAAUUUUUCAUAGAAAAAUAGAAAAAUAUGUUUUCACUAAGUUUUUCACGCUCCCUGAAUACAUCGAUGUUUGUGACUCUCGUUGCAUGGCUUUUAAUUUUCAUCUUUUUCACACACCCUCCGCGACUAAUCAUCUCGCAAUAGAUGUUUUCACGAAUGCUAUCCUUUUUUUCAAUCCAAACUCUUCGGCUCAAAUUUUGAAACUAACCCUCAACAACCUUAAGAUAACGCCCAACAGCCGUCGACCAUGAUGGGUGAGGCAGUGUCGUUCUAGUCGUUGCUUUUUGGGGCAUCAAAAAUACUUAAUUUUGAAAAAAAAGUUAUACGAUCUUUUCAGAAGCUGUGGAUAGUGAAGUGUUUGACACGGGGCCGUUCAAACCGAAUUAUGCAGUUAGUUUUUUUAUCAGUAAUUUUUUUACCAUAUAGUUAUUUUAAAAAAACUGGUUGAAAUUUAUUUUUCCAACAGGUAAUGCCAUAUUCUAAGUUUUUGUUUCAAAUUGCUCUUAAUGAUACAAUUUAGUAUCGCAAAAUUAUGUAUAUCAAACCUGUCUGAAUGAAAUUUUUCAAGAUUGGAACGGCCGACCAUUCUACAGCGAAUCCUUUCGAAAUUUCGACGACGCCUAUAGAAGUGAAUGAAAGUCGCAAGCUGAAAACUUUGGAAAUUUCCAACAGGUUUGCAGAAAAUUCUUCUUGCAAGGGCCCCUCUCGAUAUUUUUUAUUUCUCUUUUGCUUCAGUCUCAUUCAUCGUUGCGCUUUUGGAUUUUUUUAAUGAUUUUAUUUAUUUCCAAAAUAAAAGUUCAGGCAAAAGGGCGCACAUUCGCGUCGAUGGUCAUGUUUGUAAGUAUUGAAAUCGAAAAAUUUUGCACGAUUAAUGUAGUGAAAUCAUUCUGCAAGAUCAUUCAUCAGUUCUUUUUUCAUAUUUGAGUAUCAUUUGGUUUAUUCAAAUCUCUCUACACAUGAGAUCAAAAAAAUUCAUUGUGAGUAGAAUUCAAACAAAAAAAUGUUCAAAAAAAUAAUUUUUUUCAGAUUAAUAUUUUUUUGACGCUAAUAAACGGCAUUAGAUUAAUCAUUUAUUCUAUAAGAUUAUUCUACGAUUAUUUUUUUUCGGGAAAAAAACAUGCUCUAGUAAAAUCGUGCUUUACUAGCAUCAAAACUCAAAGAAACUCGGUAAUCGAAAAUUUGAAAAAAAGUUUGAACAAAUGAAGCAAAAAUUUCGGUUCAUGGUUCCAACUAAAAGUUUCUCAUCGGCACAUCCGAAGAAUUUCAAUUUUGUUUCUUUUGGUCGCGUAUGCUCUGGGUUUCAUCCACUUUGUAACGCUGUUGUGCAGUUGAUAGCCACUCCUGAACACCGUCUGUCUUUUUUUGUGCACCCCAAUCGCGAAUUGUUUUUAAUUAGCUUAGAAAUGUAGGGCGCGUCUGGAGUCGCAGAAUGAGUGUUGCUUGUCUCCGGGCUCGGUUAAAUCGGGAGUUGACCUCUCAGGAAUUGACGAACGUUGCAGGAGCCCACAGCUGAUCGAGAUGCACACUUUCAGGUUUGUUGGUGAAGUUUUCUUAAAAAAGAGCCGAAUUUAGGGAUGCAAUCGACGUUAAUUAUCAACGGAUGGCCAUUACUGGCGAAGAUCUCAGUGGGGUAUGCGCAUAAAAAACCUUUUUUUCGGAACUUGACAUUUGGAAGUCGCGCACACUUUUCUGCACGUUGAUGUUGUCUCUAGAGUUCAAAAAUAACGAGUAGAUCUGAACAAAAGGUGUAUUUCUUGAGUGCGAUCUUCUCAAAGUCCUUAGCUGUGGUGUUGAGUGAACGAGCUAAAAAAGUUCAAGAAAAUAACUUCAGCUAUAGAUGUAUAAUCUACAAGACGAUGAUAGUUUGAAUAAUUCUAGAGUUAUCCCAAAAUAUUUUUAUCUAACGAGUAAAGUAGCAGUCUCAGGUCCCGUUGGAAGAUCUCAAAACCGCCGCUGGACAUCUCAUCGAAGCGCUUCAUCUGCGCUCCGAGUACAUGGAGCGCAUCGGAAACCAGUUUCCAGCCACGACUCGGUAUUUCCUCUCUGGAAAGUAUCCAAAAGACCUGCCGCGUCACCGCGUCAAGAACACCGAGUCGAGUACGUUGUUUUCGUUUUGCCUUCAUAGCCAUUCGUUACCAUGAUAAAUAAUCUUAUUUAACUCCAAUCAACGUCGGUUGGUCGUUAUUCGGGCUAGUAUUCAGUGCGGCGCUUUUGUACGUUUGUUUAAUCCAUCCGAAUUUGUAGCCUCUCAUCUUUUGAUCUCCUCAGAGUUUCUUGUGCUACUUUCAUGCAUAUUCUAGAUCUCGGACGUAGAAAUUCAGCCGAACAAACUCUUUCUCCAAGGUUCCUAUUUUUCUUCUUUCAAAAUUUUCGUGUUAGUCAUGCUUUCCAAUGGCUUGCUUGUUCAAUGAAAAGUUGUUGAUCGAUAUAAAAGGCUAAUCUCUUUUUUAUUCAUUUCAAGCUUUAUCAAAACAUUUUCAGAGAUCCAUAGAUAGAAGAGAAGGUUAAAAUUUCACGUUCGAGGUUCUUGUGCCUGCAGACUUGAUUCUAGACACCUAUAUAUUGACUUCAGCAAAAAAAAAAAUUCGUAAGGGAUGAGGCACUAGCACAGUUGUUCUUUUAUAUUACACAGAGGCAAGAUUUUUUGGAAAAUAAAACAAUUCUCCUUCUAAUGGAGUCACAGAUAGGGCUUUCUGCAGUUUAGAUAGGUCGAGUCGCCGAACUGUCGAUGAGGAACGGCCUCUUGGUAAAUUAGUACUGCCGUGUCAACCUAACCGAGCUCGACAAUCAUAAUCUUUGAACUUGGAGCACGAAUAGCUGGCUCCGCUAAUCUCCCAGUUUCCUCUCGUAACGCUCGGUGCAUUAAUUCUAAUGAUGGUCUCAAUUUUCCAAACACACCGAACUUAUGUUCCUAACGGUCAUUGAACAAAUUGUUCAGAACAUGUUUUUUAGAGAAUUUUUUCGGCACAAAGAGUGUUAAAAUUUUUCUAGCGCAGAAAAAAAAAAAAGAAUUCUUACGAAUCUCACCGAUUGAAAAAGUUGUCCUUCGAGGUGCAUGACAAGACUAACGGGUUUUCGAUUCCGCUAAGAAGCACGCACAGGCGGCGAAACGUUGCCAGAAGUCUCUUAUCACUGCAGUGUAGAGUUCGUAACCGAUUGACUCUCUUCCCUCUAUGAGACAUUAUAACACAAUGUGCGUGGACCUUAGACCUCACACUCUGGCAAACUUCUCACACCUUGAAUCAGAAUGGCGUUUUUACUAGUGAGCACUGUUUACCUUCAGUGGGAAGCACUUCGUUCAACCCGCCAGAGCCGCCCAAAGACCACUGGGGUCUUCUUGAGGAUCCUCCGAAGUUCGAAGUCAAAUACAAGCUGCACAGGAGGAAUGGAGUGGUCAGACUUCUGAGAAGGGCCUUUCGAUUGAGAAGAAAGUCGCUUUCAGAUCGAAGUUUGCGACGACAAAGGUGAACUCUGCGAUCGCUUUCGGAAGUCGUACAUCACUCGAGAAAAGUUCCUCAGCGACACGGAGAAGCUCACAGCGAUGAUCGUCGACGGACCUCUGUAAAGAUUCUCGUCUCCCAUUGGAAACGUUCGGGCUUUUUUCAGCAAAUCGUUCUGUUACCGACGUCUCUCCUAUUUGCAGAACAAGUUCCAGCUGCAUGUGUUGCUCAAUGAGCUGAGAGAGCUCCACGAGCAGAAAGGCGUCUCUCAUCGCGAUUUUUACAACAUUCGGAAGGUUAAAAGCCUUCUUCACUAUCACAACAUAUAAUUUAGACAUUUCAGACUUUCUUUUUAUUGAAGUGGUUUAAAAUAAACAAAUCUUCAAAAAUAAAUUUUCAGGUCGACACUCACAUCCACGCUGCGUCGUCCAUGAAUCAGAAGCACCUUCUCCGUUUCAUCAAGAAGAAGAUCAAGACCGAGGCAAACACCGUUGUCCUCGAAAAGGUGUUUCUUUUUGGUUUCUCGAUCUCUUAGUGUCUGGAGUCUCUGAAAAUGUUGCCUUUCUAUUAACUAGUAGAUCUCUCGAAAAACUCUAGAAAAAGACAAUUACGAAAAAAAAACGUCUUGACCGACUUCUUUUUGUUUUUUCCUGUCAGUCCACGUUUAUUGAGUUAAAAUUUCAAAUAUGUUUCUUUAAUCUGAAUUUUCAAAGACUCGGUGUCCUUUUCGGAUCUUGGGGUUUUAAGUCUCCUAACCAAGUUAGCAUGGUAGUUGAAUAGGUACCAAUGUUCCUAACAGUCGGUCUGGCCCUUUUCGGUUCGGUUGAGGCAACAUUUAUGCUGCAGAUGCCGCGUCAAGAAAUGCUUGAUGAAAUUACGAAGAUCUGGAAGGAGCAGAAGGGUCUUUUAGACGAAAACAGGCCGAAUGACGAAACUAUCGUCGAGGAACCUGAGGCGGGCACUUUCUCAAUAUUCCCUUUUUCGGUGGCGUGCUUAGCUCUGUUGCCCUCCUUGCUAGUGCAUGAACUCGUUGCUUUCUCGUCUGCUAUUUAAUCCUGUCCUCUCUGAAUAAAAAAAAAACGAAUAGAAAAAGUUCAACCUACAAAGUUUCACACCGUAUUAGACAGUAUUUAGAGAAAAGUGUUAUCUUCUUUAAAAUUUACGGAAAGAGAUUUUUUCAAGCAAAAAAUUUUGAUCAUUUCUGAAAGCCCUUGUUAGCUUCUCCCAUAUUGUUAAUCUCCAUGCCCCCAGAGUCAGAAAAGGCACAGAUAUCGGCUAUUUUAGCUUGAAUAUAUUAACUAAAGAAGUUUAUGAAUGAAAGCCGUAGUUUGUAAAUUCCCACUUCAUCUUAUUUUUGCUUCUUGGUUGUUUCGACGGUUUUUUCUCACUUCGGAUUUAUAGAUUUGUUACUAACAAACUUUAAUAACUAAAUAGGGUUCAAUCAGAAAUGGCACAUGAUUUUCCAAGUAGAAAACACGAACUCUUUAUCAAUCACCCCUGAACGGAUCAUCAUAUUUUCCAGGACGGCAAGCCCGUUACGAUGAUGCAGGUGUUCAAGAAGAUGGGCAUCGACGCCUACGACUUGUCUGUCGACAUGCUCGACGUCCACGCCGACCGCAACACUUUCCAUCGGUUCGACAAGUUCAACACCAAGUUCGUUCAUACCUUGUGCUAUUCCAACCACACUCUUUGUGUUUCAGGUAUAAUCCGGUUGGAGAAUCGACACUCCGCGAAAUCUUCAUCAAGACAGACAACUACGUUGGCGGCAAGUACUUUGCCGAGGUGCUGAAGGAGGUUCUGUCGGACCUCGAAGACUCCAAGUACCAACACGCUGAGCCGCGGCUCUCCAUCUACGGCCGGAGCAAGGACGAGUGGGACAAGCUCGCCAAGUGGGCCAUCACCCACGACGUCUGGAGUCCCAACGUCCGCUGGCUCAUCCAAAUACCCAGGCUUUAGUAUGUUCCAAGAACCGUUUCCGAUAAGGAAGGCGAGAUUUCAGCGACAUCUACAGGGCGAAGGACAUGGUCAAGAACUUUGACCAGAUCCUGGACAACAUCUUCACUCCGUUGUUCGAGGUAAGGAAGACCUUCUGUAAUGAUUCUAAGGAGAACUUGAAGGUGACCAACGAUCCUUCGUCGCAUCCCAUGCUGUACAGGUUCUUGCAACAAGUCUCGGGCAUCGACUCUGUCGACGACGAGAGCAAACACGAAUUCGUUCACGUCAGUUCCUCAGCAUGUUACCGUUUCACUGUCUUGUUCUUUUCAGUUUGACAGAUCAACGCCUUCUCCGCCAGAAUACACGGAUCUGGAGAAUCCGCCGUACAACUACUACCUCUUCUACAUGUACGCCAACAUCACCGCACUGAACGCGUUCCGUGCUUCCCGUGGCAUGAAUACGUUCUCCCUGCGGCCGCAUUGCGGAGAAGCUGGACACAUCUCCCAUCUUCUCGCCGGCUAUCUCACCAGUGAGAGCAUUGCUCACGGAAUCCUCUUGCGAAAGGUUUUUUCGGAAACAUGAGUUUGUCGAAAUUUGCCUGAAAAUCGCAGGUUCCUGUGCUUCAAUACCUUUUCUACUUGACUCAAAUGGGCAUCGCCAUGUCGCCGCUGUCCAACAAUUCUCUUUUCAUAAGCUAUCAACGCAAUCCGUUGCCCGAGUAUCUCCAGAAGGUGGCCUUUUUUCAAAAACGGCAUGAUUAUGCUUUUUUCAGGGACUGAACGUCUCUCUCUCCACAGAUGACCCUCUCCAGUUUCACUACACAAAAGAGGCUCUCAUGGAGGAGUAUUCGAUCGCCGCCCAGGUUCUCUAUCAAACCCUUUUCUUCAUUUGUUCUCAAAUUGUUUCAGGUUUGGAAAUUGAGCUCUUGUGACAUGUGUGAGUUGGCGAGAAACAGCGUGAUUCAGAGCGGUUUCGAGGACAAGGUCUGUAUAACUUAUUUGUGAAACGACAAAAAUAAUUAUGAAACGUCGUAUUUCUAAAAUAGCGCAAAAAUUUUCAUUCGGAGUUUUUUGAAAAGUCUUUUUUCCGUAAUUUGAGGUCCGUUUUCUGAUAGUUACGGCUCUUGAACUUUUUUCUAUAAGUUUUAACUUCGGCUCCAAACGUAGUGAGAGCACAAAAAGCCCUAAAAAAAACUUCUAGUGCCUUUCUGUUAUUUUUCUUUAAGAGAAGUAUUUUAGAGAAGUAACUAGAUGUUCAAAUGAGACGAAAAGAAGACUGUAAUGCCAUGUUCAAUUUGAUUUCGCGAAAUGCAAAAUACCCGUUAGAGAAAGGAUAAGAUCACUAAAUUUUGGAGAGUCAGAGAUCAUUUUGCAUUUCGCGGAAUCAAAUUGAACACGACAUAAAAGACACGAAAUCAUCGCUUCAACCUCCAGGUGAAAAUCCACUGGCUGGGACCAAACUACAAAGAAGAAGGCGUCCUGAGCAACGACAUCCACCGUACCAACGUGCCCGACAUCCGCGUCUCUUUCCGCCACGAGGCACUCGUCGACGAACUCACAAACUUGUUCCGCGUCUACAAGCCUGAGCUCGCCUGA